GUACAGCAGACGGACAAAGCCUUUCAACACUGGAGCUUGGCAAUUUCAUGUCGAGCGCCGCCGCGGCGAUACACCGCGUCCUCCUCCAGGGCGUCAGCUCCAGCGAUCGCCUUCCACCCCUCACCGUCAAACUGCUCCACGGCCGCCUCCUCCGGCUCGACCUCCUAGGCGACCUCUCCCCGCUCCUCCUCCGCGCGCUCUCCUCCUCCGGCCUCCACGUCCACGCCCUCCGCCUACAUUCCCUCCUUCCCCUCCCCUCCCACCUGACCUUGCCAUGCGCCCUCAAGUCCGCCUCCCGCCUCCCCAACCCUCUCCCCGUCGGCGAGCAGCUCCACGCCCGCUCCCUCAAGCUCCCCUCCCACUCCAACCCCUACGUCCUCACCUCCCUCCUUAACCUCUACGCGAAAUGCGACCUCGUGGACCAUGCGCGGAGCGUGUUCGACGAAAUGCGCUGCCCCAACACGGUCUCCUGGACCGCGCUCAUCACCGCGUACAUGAACGCGGGGCGAGUCAGGGAGGCCGUCGCCGUCGCGAGGGACGCGUUCGCGAGCGGGAUGCGCCCGGACAGCUUCACGGUCGUGCGGGUCCUGACGGCAUGCGCCCGGGUCGCGGAUUUGGGCACUGGGGAGGCGGUGUGGAGGGCGGCACAAGCGGAGGGGGUUGCGGGCAGCGUGUUUGUGGCAACUGCGGCGGUAGAUAUGUACGUCAAGUGCGGCGAGAUGGCGAGGGCAAGGGAGGUGUUCGACAAGAUGCCGGAGAAGGAUGCUAUAGCUUGGGGUGCCAUGGUCGGGGGAUAUGCUUCGAAUGGGCACCCCCAAGAGACUCUGGAGCUCUUCUUUGCAAUGCAGACUCAGGGAGUGAAGCCAGAUUGCUACACGGUGGUAGGGGCGCUCUCAGCUUGCACCCGGCUGGGUGCACUUGAUAUGGGACGGCAGGCAGUCAGGACGAUGGACUGGGAUGAGUUUCUUGACAACCCAGUUCUAGGGACUGCGCUGAUUGAUAUGUAUGCCAAGUGUGGGAGCACAGGCGAGGCAUGGGUUGUGUUCCAGCAGAUGAGGAAGAGGGACAUUGUUGUUUGGAAUGCGAUGAUCUUGGGGUUGGGCCUGACUGGGCAUGGUAAGAUUGGAUUUGCCCUUGUUGGCCAGAUGGAGAAGUCAGGCAUGAAACUGAAUGACAAUACUUUCAUCAGCAUUCUCUGCAACUGUACUCAUACCGGCCUUGUAAAAGAUGGACGGCGGUACUUCCAUAACAUGACUCAGUUAUACAACAUCACACCUAGGAUUGAGCACUAUGGUUGUAUGGUCGACCUGCUCAGUCGCGCUGGGUUGCUCCAGGAAGCCCGUCAGCUUAUUGAUGAUAUGCCAAUGCAGGCAAAUGCUGUCGUGUGGGGAGCACUUCUUGGUGGCUGCAAGAUUCACCGAGACGCAGAGCUUGCAGAACAUGCCUUGAAGCAGCUCGUCAUGCUAGAGCCCCGGAAUUCAGGGAAUUAUGUCAUGCUCUCGAACAUAUACUCUAACAGCAACAGAUGGGAGGAUGCUGCAAAGCUUAGAUCGGACAUGAAGGUGAAAAGGGUUGAGAAGGUCCGUGCAUAUAGCUGGGUUGAGUUUAGUGGUAAGGUCCACGAGUUCCGUGUUGGAGACAAGUCGCAUCCCCACAUGGAUCAGAUUUACCAAAAGCUAGAUGAAUUAGGCAUGGAAAUGAAAACUAUGGGUUACAAACCAACUACAGAUGUGGUGAUGUUCGACGUUGAAGAUGAGGAGAAGGAGCACACUCUAGUUUAUCACAGCGAGAAACUUGCCAUUGCAUUUUGCCUUCUCACUACCCAACCAGGGGAGGUCAUUAGGGUCACCAAGAACCUUAGGGUAUGCACCGACUGUCACACUGCUAUCAAACUAAUAUCGAGGAUAACUCAUCGGGAGAUCAUUGUUCGGGAUAACAAUCGGUUUCAUUGUUUCAAAGAUGGUUGUUGCUCUUGUAAUGACUACUGGUAGAAAUAGAGAAGUGGUGUGUAGUUACAAUUUUGAGCAGGUUGGAGUCCCUUUGACUACUAAAUUUGAGCCAGCUAGAUAGGCAAUUUUCACUUGAAAGACAAGAGCUUCAGGACUCUUGUAUUCCACCAAAUGAGAAUAAGAAUGAGAGCAAGAAGGGGAUAUCUUUGUGAAGGGACCGGCACCAGAAAGUAAAUCAUAUGGCCUUUCUAUCGCCAAAAUCAAAUCAAGCCCCGGCCAAAGAAUUGCAGCAAAGCAAGUCGUCUUUGGUUUGGAGCUAAAUUCAUGGAUGUAUAGGCUUGAUAGAGUGCCCUAUCUGAACGCGCUGGUUGAUGGUUGAGCGUUUUAGAGCAUAACUCAUGUCAUUGUCAACCCUGUAGACCUUACCAGUUUCGUCUUCUGCAUCACUGUUCUUCCACAAA